CGUUGCAGUUCCGAGUAAAACUGCUGGAAAACUGAACACGUUUCGGUCACUAGGCAGAGCCGGUAACAGGACGACGCCAGGAAGGUCAAAAGUUUCUUCAGACCGAUCGAGAAGGUCACACACGUAAAGAAAAAGGAAUCAUGGUUGGAGACGUUGCCAAAGGCAAGAAGACUUUUGUGCAGAAAUGUGCUCAGUGUCAUACUGUGGAAAACGGUGGGAAGCACAAGGUGGGUCCCAACCUUUGGGGCCUCUUCGGGCGGAAAACGGGCCAGGCACCAGGCUUCAGCUAUACAGAUGCCAACAAAAGCAAAGGCAUUACCUGGGGUGAAGAUACCUUGAUGGUAUACUUGGAAAACCCCAAGAAAUACAUCCCAGGAACAAAGAUGAUCUUCGCUGGCAUCAAGAAGAAGACUGAGCGGACCGACCUCAUAGCAUAUCUCAAGUCCUCGACUUCCUGAAGAGCUCUUCUUCUCUGUUCCUAUACCCAUUUCCAUGUCUUGAAGAAAAGAAACACAACAACUCAGAAGACCAGAACUCAUAAUAUUUUUCCAAACAGAGGCUGAAUAUGAACCAGUGUGUGAAUGUUCGCCGAGUUGGGACCUCAGUUGAAGCUGUACAUUUAUUUUUGAUACCAAUCGCCCCUUUUCCGAGUAAAUUAUACCUCCUGGUUUUAACAGGUGUCUUUUCUUUUUAUGUUAACUGUCAGUCACUGUAGUGUGCAUUCUCACUCUGGGAUGUAAAUUAUUCUAGAUGCAUCUUUUUUUUUCCCCCAUUCUGAGCAGUUGUCUGCUCCACUAACUCAUUGCUUCAUGUUUCCAUAAUACAUCCACAUGUUGUGAUGUUUUUCCGUUUGUAAAUGUAAUUAAACUUACACUAAACAAUA